UUUUGCUAUUCACUUGGAACGUUCUUGUUCGAGCAAACAAACUACCCACAGCCUUCCUGAUCCAGAAACCAUCUAGGUUUGAUUCUGCACCCAACAGGAACUGACUGUCUCCUUCAUGGAGGAUGACAGUGAACCAGAGCAGAGUUGCUGGGCCUAUUUGCCUGACGUCUGCCUGAGCAACAUGUUCUGGUGGCUAGAUGACAGGGACAGAUCUCGGGCUGCUUUAGUCUGUAAAAAAUGGAAUCAAGCCAUGUACUCAGGCUCUCUCUGGAGAACCAGAACAAUCACCUUCAGUGGGCGGCCAUCCAGGUCAAACACAUCCGAGUUUGAAUCUGCUCUGUGGUACGUCAAGAGAUUCGGCAAGUACUUGGAACACCUAGAGAUCAAGUUCCUGAAUCCUUACAAUGCUGUUUUGACCCGAAAAUUUCAAGUGACUAUGAGGGGGCUUCUCUCGCGCUUGGGCAAAUGUAACAGCCGUCUGGUAUCCCUGACUAUUCAGCACCUGGAGUUGGACCGAUUGGUCUGGAAAAAUGGGAUCAGGACUCAGUUUAUCAAGAACGUAAGUACUUUCCUGAAAAGAAUGAGCAAGCACCUUGAUUAUCUCAACCUGAAAGGAGCAAGAGUGACGCUGGAAGAAGGCUGUGAGCUUUUGAGCUCUUUGAGCUACUUGAAAAACAAAAGUUUUGCCUCUGAAAUCAACAUAGAAGACUUCUUCAGCCACCAUCUUUCCAUCUACAGCAGCCCCUUGUUCCACCAGACUAUGUCCACGUUCCGCAACCUGGUCAUCCUGACUCUCAAUUACAACUGCAUCUCCGAUGAAUUGCUGGAAAUCCUGUGCGAGCACAACGCCCAUUCUCUCUGGACUAUAAACAUCAAGUGCCACAUCCAUGACCCUCACGGGCAGGUGGUUUGGGGGAUGUCCUGGGCCAACCUAGCCAAGAGAGCACCCAAACUGAAAGUGAACUUCUUCUUUGAAAGAGUCAUGAAGCACAACAGUCUAGCCAGGAUACUCUUAGUGGAGAUCCCACUCAGGAGCAUCAGUCUACGGAGCUGCUAUUUCAGUGACCCAGACUGGUCGAUGAGGCCGACCCUCACCUAUCUCUUACCAGCCUACAAACACAUUCUGCAGAAAUUAACGCUAGAGUUCAACAAUGACCAUGAAUUGCUGGAUGAGGAGCUGCUGCAGCUCGUGUUAUCGUGCGAGAGGCUGUUCUUCCUCAAAGUCUGGGCCUUCCUCAGUGUGGCAUUUGUGGAGAGGCUGCUGCAAAAUCGGGCAGAGGGGAAAUGUGUCUUGUGUACCAUGAAGGUGAGGAUUUACACAACCAGGCAUGAGACCAGUGAAGAGGACCGACUGCUGCGAGACAUUUACAAGAAGUUCAGAAACCUGAUCGACUCAGAGCUUAAUUAUUUUGUCAUCGCCUACCCAAUGGUGUGA